AUGUCCUGCCAACACGAACACGACCACGCUCCGCCUCCAUUACCUACCAACGCCUCACAAAACCUCCACUCACGAAUUGACACCCAUCGUGUCACCGCCCUUAACCUCGCCAACCCCACCGAGGAGUUGGCCCACUUGUUCCGCAAUCCCGCCGAUCGCAACAAGUUGGUGCCGGUCACUAAAAGCGACGCUGAUGCUCAGCUUAUCAUCAACAUUCCGUUCACGAAUAGCUCGGUAAAGUUGUUUUCCAUCAUCAUUCGUUCUAACGGUUCUGACUACUGUCCUCGUCAUAUUAAGCUUUACAAAAAUGACAAACAGAUUGAUUUCGACACCAAUAAGAAGCCGCUCUACACUCUAGAGCACCCUCGAGUCGGCGUAAUGUACAAUGACGAGGAAGACAUGCCCGAGCUGGUAGAUGACGAGGACUCGUUUGUCGAGCAUUUUUUGCCUCGCCACAAAUUUAGUGGCGUGCAACAGUUGACAUUGCUCAUUGAAGAUGCCUACGGUGAUGAGGAUGAAACGUGGCUUCACUACAUUGAGCUUCGAGGCGAAGCCACCGACUUAUCUAAGGACCCCGUCAUCACCAUCUACGAAUCCGCCGCCAACCCCGCUGACCACAAAAAGGUUGAAAAUGAGCUUAAAAAUACCAUGGGCAUAUGA